AUGAACAACGAAAUCACGAAGAGCCUGUUUCCGUAUGAGGCGAAAUUCUUCAAGGGCAUCUUCGACAAGUACAUGAAAAAUGAAGACUACAGCGAGGAGCUGAAGGUGGUUAGGAGCUCCAAGAAUUUAAUGGAGGAAGUGAUUAGCAAAGAAAAUGGGUUAAACUUUUAUUUGGAGGAAAACUGUGAUGACACAUUUUUGCGACAAUGCAAGUUAACGUUUUUUCGAAAAAUGUUAAAGUAUGUCUAUGGGGGGAGGGGCAAAAGUGUAGACACGGUUGAUGGGCAGCAGGGGAAGCACGUUAGCGAAGGGAUUGGCGAUGCAAAGAAACUGCCAGACUACUUUGUGUUUAACAAAAAGAUCAACGUCAUCAAUAGCUACCGAAUUUACAGCUACUGCUCGAACAUCAUUCAGUCGCUUCCCUCGAUCACCUACUUUUCCGUUGUGAAGAUUUACCUGGCGAACUACCCCCUGAGCGUUUUUCUGUCUUGCGUUUACUUCUACACCUUUGUGACGUACGUGUGUGACGGGGAGAACCUCAUAGAGUUCCUAGGGUCGCUGUUCUUCUCCCUCAUUGUGACCAUCGGCUGCCUUUCCCUGACGGCAGUGCACUACGCGAAGGAAAACAGAAUCAACUCGAUCAUGUCAAAGAUGAAUAACUUUAAAGAGAACUAUAUCUGCCGCAACUUUAUAAAGAACAGGGCGAAGGGGAAAGGAAAGUUGGCCAAAUUUGAGAGCAGAAAAACGAUCGAAAUUAGGAAGUACUCCAAGUAUUUCUUCCUAAAGAGUUUUCUCAACCGGAUAAAUGCGGAGCUGUUCGACUACGAGGUGUUCAAGGGGGACAAGCACUCCAGCUAUGUGCAGGAGAACUUUAAGGAAAUUACUCCCAUGGGGUAUUGUCCCGAUAGUUCCGAGGGAGAGGCGAAGCUAACGCCAAGUGGGCCAAGCUGCAAUGGCAAAAGUGCAGACACGCCCAGAGCCACCGCGGAGGGUGCAUUGCCAGACAGGGGAAGUAAGACGGGGUCGAAGCUGCUACCAAGUGAAGAGCAAAGGGAUAAAAUUUUGGAGACGCACGAUGAGGAAGGAAAGACCAACGUGGCUGCGAAGAAGGUCCUCCUAUGUAGCGAGUCAGAUGGGGAGCACAACCCCAGUGGAGACGAUCAAAAGGAGGGCAAUAUUGAAGAGGGAAGAAGGACCUCCACCGAAAUGGAAAAAGAAAAAAAAAGAAACCUACUAAACUACAUUUUGUUCGAAAAUAACCUAUACACAAUUAACAGUAAGAACAUUUUAGUAGGCGACGUCGUGUACCUGUUCAAGGGGGACGUGAUCCCAGCGGAUGGGAUCCUCAUCAAAAGUAACAACCUGGUAGUGGAUGAGUCGAGAAUUUUAAAGCUAGAAAAAACGUGGAAGAAAAAAAUUAGCCUUGACGAAUAUAUGUACUACUAUGAGAGGUCUAAGAAGAGGAAGAUCAGCCUCAACGAGUUGAGGAAGAAGAAACUCAACUAUUUGGAAGUGCUCAAUUUGAAGGUCAAGAUGGCGUUGAAGAGGUUCAGCCGGGAAGAGGGGGACCCCGGCGCGGCAGUCGCAGGCGAAACUGGAGAGAAUGCAGACGAAAGCAGAGGCGAAAAUGGCAAAAUUGCAGGCGAACGAGGCAGCAAAAACAACGCGCUAGCGACAAAUUUCGAGAAACUGUUCGAAUACUCCCCCCUUGUCCUGUCGGAGUCGAUCGUGCGAGCCGGCACGGGCAUCAUGCUAACCACCUGCGUUAGUAAAAACAAGCAGAUGUUCCAAAAUACAAUCAAAGACAUGGAGGAGAGCACCGAACUGGAAGACAUCAUCAAUAGCUUCUCAAAAAAUGUAGUCAUUAUAAUCAUCUUCUAUUGCAUCCUCUGCAUCCUCUUCGUAUUUAUUCACUUCUUAAUUAACUUGGUAGAGAAUAACAUGCAAACUUAUUCCUACAACUUGCUCAUGUUUUUGCUUAACUGCAUCAUUUUGGAGAUCAUGAAGUACCUGCUGUUGUCCAUCGACCAGAUGCCCCUCCUCCUGCAGAAUUGCAUAGCGUUAAAUUCCAGGCAAAUAAUGCGCGAACAUUUUAUCCUAAAGAAAAAAAAUACUUUCGAGAAAAUUCUUUUCACUAAUAUGAUUUACAUCGAUUUGGAGAAAUACAUAAAGUACAGAUGUGUGUACUUCUUUUGCAACUCGAAUUUUUGUUUUUCCACCGCCUCUGGGGGGGGAGAGGCAGAUCUGCAGCUGCAAGUGGGGCAGAAGUUGGCUAAGGUGCUUAACUUGGUUAACUUGGCUACGGACCAGGGGAGGAAGGCAGAAAUGAUGAGGAGCCUCUUUUUCAAGAUGCUCGUCCAGGGUAUCCUCACCACCAGUAAUUUGUACCAUUAUAAUGAAAACUUUCUGUGCAUAGAUUUGUCUCUCUUAAAAUUCUUGAAGGGGUUCAAAAUAAAGUUCGAAGAUUACUUCAUCUGUAAGAAGCGCCUAUUUCGUGUUAUAUCUAGUGGCCAGGAUUUUGUAAUCGCGUUUGUCUUGUCGGAGGAGGGCUUUUUGGGUCAGGGGGUGCCCGGUGCGCAGGGCGGGGAGCCCCCCAGCGUGCUGCGCAUCUUCGUCCGGGGCCGCGCCAGCCUGGUCCUCCCCAAGUGCAGCCAGUACCUGGACGGCGACGCGGUGCACGGCGACGUCGCCCCGCUGAGGGAAAAGGCCCAGCAGGUGCAGCAGGAAAAGCACGAGGCAGUCAUCUGCCUCGCGUACAAGGAAGUGGCGCUGGGCGCCAAGGAGAGGGAGGAGCUCUUCCAGUACGAAGACGACAACGACUACACAUUUGACAACAAACAAAUGAAUAAAAACCUGGAGGAAACGUACCUCAAGUAUGUAGAACAGAAUGACUAUACGUGUGUAUCCAUCCUGAUAUUCGAAAAGAUGCUGACCAAGCAUUUCUAUUUUGAUUACAAAAUGUUGGAAGCGAACGGCAUGGACGUGAAGGUGUUUACCAAGGAAGGCAUGUCUAAGGUGAAGAAGCUGUUUUGUGACUUUCCCCAUUUCUUUGAAAAUUUCCAGCUGUACAAUGCAAAGUUGGUGGGCGAAGAGGAGGCGCUGGAUCUGCACUACCAAAAUGAGGGAGACCGGUUUGGUAGCUAUCCCCAGGGGGGGGGGAAGAAAAAGGAAAAGGUGAAUUCGCAGGGAAGGGAGCAAAAAAACGGGGAUGAAAAUGACAUCUACGAGACACCGCCUUGCGAGGGAACCGCAAACCUGGGGAAUUACACCCUGAAGAAGGGGGCCAGCAAAUAUUUGGCGCCCAACAAAUGCAGAAGUGAAAUUUUAAAUUUGAAAGAGUGUGACGAUAACGUGAUGAUAAAUAUGACUAGCCAAAAUGAAGCGAGAAAGAAGAAGCACGAUUUUCUCCUAAGCAACAACAUUUUUUACAAUUGCGAAAAUACGGAGUUAUCCCGUCUGUUGACCAUUUCGAAUUAUUAUGGGAAGAAUGCCCUCGCGACAAACGAAAGUAGCGUAGUCUGUGAAGAGUCAUCGUGCAGUCUACGCAUAUGCGACAAUAGGGGUAGAGGAGAGUGCAAAGAAAAAAGCGACAUUGUCAUUUUGAAUAAAAGUUUAUACGAUUUUGUAAAAUUGAAAAAUUUCUCAAAUUGUAUUCUCACCAAUUUGCAGCUAUUCAUAGAGUAUAACAUUACCUUGUAUGUCUGCCUUGUCAUUUUCUCCACCGUUUGCACAUUGGUCAACGGGUUUGAAUUUUUAAAUACCAUACAAAUUCUGUACAUUUAUUUUGUGAAGAAUGUCAUUUUUCAUUACCUUUCUUGCUAUCGAAAGAGUCCCAUAAGUACCGGGGGGAAGAAGAAAAAACAAACGUAUGACUUCUUUAAAGAAAAUGAUAUAAACGGUAUGAUUUCCUCUAUUAUAUCCAAGACGGUGAUUCUAUUUUUGGUAUUUUUCUUUGGACAUGUAUUCAUUCCUGAGUCUACAUGGGAUUUCGUCACCCCCGAAUUGAGGAACCUGUUUGAGUUUUCCGAGUUUUCUUACCUUACGGAUAGGCAGCAGUCAAGCUACUUUCACACCAUACGGUCUUGUAUUCGUUUUAAAAAAAAUUUGGAAAAUUUGAAAAUACAAAAUGUUAUUGAUGUUAAGAAUGAUUACAGAUCGAUGGCCGAAUGGGACAGCUACAUCAGCCCCGGUAGACAUGGCACUAUCCUCUUUAACAUUUUUUUUCUCUUUUUCUUUUUCUCCUAUGUUCACAUAUAUUUGAAGUCCUUUCUCAGCGAUAUUCACAUGUACUGCGAAAUGUACAAGGGGGUGCAGGCUGACCGAUUUAGGAACUACCUCAUCCCUUUUCUGGGGAACCAACGGGGGGGUAGGAGGGACCUCUCCGCGGACGUUCGCCACUUCAUGGAGGAGCUCAAGGAGGAGGGCCGAUCGGCUGGCUUGGCCAACACAAAAAAUGUGAACAAUUUGGCAAGUGGGCCAAGCGGACCAAGCGGAUCAAGCGGACUAAGCGGCCAAUUGGGAAGUGGCCAAGCGGGGAAAAACGCAAGUCGAGAGGUACCACCCACCGGGGAGGAGCAGCUUUCCUCACAGAAGAUACCGAUAGCUAGUAAAAUGAUGUCCCAAGCGAGCCCACCCAAUGAUAAUUUCCGUGUGAUGCUACUGAACCUCAUUUGGGAAAACUCCACGACCUUCGUAAUUCUUUUUUUUCUGCUGGGGGUACACAUUUUUGUCAUUCAGUUCGGCUCAUUCUUCUUCAACUUACACGUGAGGGGGUUGACUCUGCUGCAGUGGGCAUUUUGUUUCGCCUGCUGUCUCCUCGAUUUCGUCCUUUACUUUGUCAUUUUGCGCCUGGGCCUGUUUCUGCUGCCCGCCAGUUCUUUCAAAACCUUCCAGAAUUUGUACGAGCCGCGGGAAAGGAGCGUAUUUGACACCUUGAAUGAUUACAAGCGGAGCUACAUGUCCAAGCGGUAUAAGUACGACCUGAAGGUGUAA